GCUCUUUACUCUUGACUGGUAGUUGCGUUUCUGAAUUCGGCUACGGAGUACUACCAUCGCUUGCCAUCAUUUAUAAUCGAUAUCUUCUCUCCCGCUCGUUCAUGACAAUCACCAUCAACGGACCUUCACCAUCAAAAUGAAGUUCCAGUGGGCAUCCCCUCUCCUCUUGGGGGCAGUCGCUGUCGACGCCUUCAUGCCCCCCGAGUUUUCUUACAAAUCCUCUGAUUCCGACGGUGUUGAUAUUGCCAAAUCUGUCUCUGGCAAGAUCAAGUACCAAUCUCCUCCCGCCGACUCUGACCUGAUCCCCAAAUAUAGCGAGAAGAACUCCACUGAGAAUUGGGAGGUCCAGUGCUCUAGCCAAUUUGAAGGCAGCAAGUGCGAGUAUGCCAUCGACGACCGGGGCGAAAAAUACUGGCAGAGCGAUCCAAAUGAAAAAAAUUCCUCGUGGAUUGUUGUCGACCUCCGCAAAGAGUACUAUGUCUCUGGCCUGACCAUGCUGCCUAUCCUGGACAAGAGCCUCAAUCGUGGUCAGAUUGGUGAGCACACCAUCGCUAUCUCGCAAGACAAUGAAACCUGGACCCAGGUCGCAUACGGCACUUGGGGAUCGAACAAGAGUCCCAAAAUGUCAGCCUUUGACCCCAAGCCCGCUCGGUAUAUCAAACUCGACGCCAUCACCCAAUCCCACCCUGAUCGAUCGCAGGAGGGCGGCAAGAACAAUAUCUCCGUUGCCAACAUUGCCGUCUAUGCCUACAAAGAAGGCACCUACCCGAAAGAUGAUCCCAGCAAGGGUGUCUGGGGUCCCACUCUCGACCUUCCCGUCGUCCCUGUGGCCGCCGCUGUCGACCAACAUGGUGAUGUUAUCAUGUGGUCUGCCUGGUCUGACGAUCAGUUCUACGCCUCCCCCGGUGGCAAGACACUCACCACCACCCUGGACCGUGACGGCAGUAUCACCCAGAGUGUUGUCAAUGAAACAAAACACGAUAUGUUCUGCCCGGGCACUUCGAUGGACAUUGACGGUAAUAUUAUUGUCAGUGGUGGUGCUGAUUCUGGCCGCACCAGUGUGUACAAUGGCACCGCGUGGCUGAAGGGUCCCACCAUGUCCAUUUCUCGUGGAUACCACUCUUCGACCACCCUCUCCGACGGUCGUCUCUUCGUGAUUGGUGGCUCCUGGAGCGGUAGCGAUAAGACCAUCAAGAACGGAGAGGUCUACUAUCCUGGUGAGAAUGCCAGGUGGGAAAGACGUCCUGGCGCCAAGGUCGACGAAAUGUUGACGGACGACCAAAAGGGCAUCUGGCGAGCCGAUAACCACGGCUGGCUCUUUGGAUGGAAGAAUGAAAGUGUCUUCCAGGCUGGCCCCAGUGUCGCAAUGCACUGGUUUAACCCUGAUGGCAAAGACCACAAGAACAGAGUCAAGGGUACCACGCACCCAGCCGGAACGCGUGGAAACGACCACGACUCCAUGUCUGGCAGUGCCAACAUGUACGAUGCCACCAAGGGUAAGAUCAUUGCUUUUGGUGGCCAGCGUCACUACGACGGCUCCUACGGUUCCAAGAACGCCCAUGUCAUCACCCUGGGAGACGCCUACAAGCACCCUGAGGUGAAGAUCGCUGGCAAGGGCCCUGAUGGAAAAGGUGAUGGUGGAAUGCACCAUGCCCGUGUUUUCCACACUUCUGCUAUCCUCCCUGACGGCAAGGUCUUUAUUGCUGGUGGCAACACCUGGGGUGCGCCCUUCCACGAGGAUGACAUCGUGUUCACCUCUGAAAUCUACGACCCCGAAACCGACACUUUCACCGAGCAGGCUCGCAACAACAUCAAGCGUGUCUACCACAGUAUCUCUGUGUUGCUGCCCGAUGCUAGGGUCCUCAACGGUGGUGGUGGUCUCUGCGGUAACUGCUCUGCCAACCACUACGACGCCGAGAUCUACACCCCCUCGUACCUCUUCAACAAGGAUGGCACUCGUGCCACUCGCCCCAAGAUCCUCAACGGUCCCGAAAAGGUCACUGUUGGCGGAGGACUCGAAUUCCGGACCGACUCCAAGAUCAAGACUGCCUCUUUGGUCCGCGUUGGAACGACCACCCACACCGUCAACACUGACCAGCGUCGUGUUCCUCUCGAGCGGAUGCGUCACUACGGUAACAACAAAUACGGUGCUGACCUCCCUCAGGACCCUGGUGUUCUCCUUGCCGGAUGGUAUAUGUUGUUCGCCAUGAGCGAACAGGGCACUCCCAGUGAGGCCAAGAUGGUCAAGGUUGAGCUGGCAAGCCCUCCCACCUACCUUUCCAACGGCUACGCCGACCAAAAAGAGGUGGAUAUGGGAUCGGCUAUUAAAACGCCUAGUGACUGUGACUUGGAUGACGAGUCGGAGAUCAAGGGAAUCGUCUCUAUUGUCUUUGCUGCGCCCAGUAAGCUCUGGAGAAGCUGGAGGUCUGCUUUCACGAUCCAGCCUUAGUGUAUCUAUAUUGGCUUGACUUGAAUUGAAUGGUAGUAAAACGCGCAAAAAAAAAAAAAAAGAGCUGAGAGUCAAACAAAGAACAGUCUACUUCUAUAUAUCACAACGUUGAGCGCGAUUUUCGAGGUUUAGGGCAAAUUGUGUCACAGAAAAUUUAGGGGAAAUCGACGAAUCAUACAUGAUCCAACGGUCGAACUGCAGCUAAUAUCAGUAUUUGCCUUGAAUAAAGUG